GCCCCAGGAGUCUCUUCACCGAAUGUACGGCCAGCUUUUGUGUGCUCCAGAUCUUUUCUCAUUUCGUCUUCUUCGCUGUUUCGCGCGCGAACUGUGGGUGCUGACCGAGAGAGUCGCUACCGGAAUUUGGAUCUGCUGGCUCAACCCUCCAACCAGUAGUUGAGCGAUAUAUUCCGAGUGUAAAAAUGAUUGGAACACCCGCUACGGGCCGCGCAGUAAUCAAGCUAUCAUCGGCGUGUGUUCGGGGAACGUUCGCGGAACAUGCAGCGGCCACGUGCGUAUCACAUGGUCAUCACUCAUCUGCUUACCUGCCAGGUCACGCUGCUGAUAGCUCGAUUAACGUGAAGGCCUCAAUCAGUCGAAGGUGGCUCUGGCACGCCAUCCCUGCCGGCCGCGGAGAGGGAGGGGGAGGAGGAGGAGGAGGCGUUAAUCGACGGCGGGAGAUCGACAUAUGCCGGACUGAGGCAGUGGAUAAGCUUAUCGAACGAGGAGGCGCGACAAGGAAGUCAUCGUUGAGGUGUGACUGUUGCGUUGCGCUGCCAGCAAGGCGGAGUUACAUUGGAGUACGAGGAAACGCAGGCCUGUCGACGUGGCGGCAGGGGAUUGGGAGAGAGGACGGGAUCUUGCGGUCGAAGCUCGCGAGCGCGGUGCGCGCGUCGUUCACUGCGGAGACCAGUACAAGACUGGGAGGAGGAGGAGGCGAGGGGGGGGGAGGAGGAGGAGGAGGAGCGGCCAUGGAGAAAGUCCGGAUCUCGAGGAAUGGCGACGGGAUCCAGACGUUCGAUGCUUACCUCAUCGGUCCGAAGGGGGCCCCAGGUGCGGUGGUGGUCCAGGAGUGGUGGGGGGUGGAUUACGAGAUCAAGAAUCACGCGUCCACGAUAGCCUCUAGGGGGUUCAGAGCUCUCAUUCCCGAUCUUUAUAGGGGUAAAUUAGGCCUGGAAGCUGCCGAAGCUCAGCAUCUGAUGGAAGGGCUGGACUGGAAGGGCGCGGUGGAAGACAUUCGAGCAGCGGCUAAGUACCUGAAGUCGGAGGGGAGCCCACGAGUGGGAGUCACCGGCUUCUGCAUGGGUGGUGCCCUCACCAUCGCCGCUUCUGUGCUCGUUGAUGAGGUGGAUGCUUGCGUGGCAUUCUAUGGCGUGCCAUCAGACGAGCUUGCGGAUCCACGUGGGGCCAAAAAACCUCUUCAAGCGCACUUCGGGGAGGACGAUCAGCUUACCGGAUUUGCUGACGUGGCAACGGCCAAGGCUCUGGAGGGGAAACUAAGAAAAGCGGGAAUUGAUUACGAGGUCCACAUUUACCCCGGCGUCGGCCAUGCCUUUAUGAACAGCUCGCCGGAAGCGAUCAAGAGGAAGAAGAAGCUGGGCAUGGGGGAACACGACCCAGACGCGGCUGACAAAGCUUGGAAAGCGACGCAGAGAUGGUUCGACGAGUACCUUCGCGGGUAGAGAGAGAGAGAGAGAGAGAGAGAGAGAGAGAGAGAGAGGGGGGGGGGGGGGGGGGGAGGGUGCGUAGAGAGAGGAGAGUGGGCAGAGGAUGCUAGAAAAGAUAUGAAGGUGGGGGAGAAGAGGGUGGUGUUGAGAAAAAAACGCUUCCAUUCUUCAAGUUCUAUCAAAAUCGAUUACUGCAAGAAGUGUAUUUUUAGGAGGUGUGCACACACACACACACAGAGAGAGAGAGAGAGAGAGAGAGAGAGAGAGAGAGAGAGAGAGAGAGAGAAUGAUAGAAAAUAUAGAAGGAAGGUGAGGGAGAAGAGGGUGGUGUUGAGAAAAAAACGCUUUCAUCCUUCCAUGUUCCAUCUGUUGCAAUUUGCAAUCGAUUACUGCAAGAAGUGUGCACUUUAGGAGGUGCGUCCACACACACACACACACACACACACACACACACAGAGAGAGAGAGAGAGAGAGAGAGAGAGAGANCACACACACACACACACACACACACAGAGAGAGAGAGAGAGAGAGAGAGAGAGAGAGAGAGAGAGAGAGAGAGAGAGAGAGAGAGAGAGAGUGGGAGAGUGAGAGAAAAGAUAGAAGGAAGGUGGGAGAGAAGGGGGUGGUUGAGAAAGAAAAUGGGUUUAGCCUUCCGAGUUCUGUCUGUUGCAACUUGCACUGGAUUACUGGACCAAGUGCAGACUUUAGGAGGUGCGUGGACGUGGACUUCUUUCUUGUAUAAAUGCAUCUGUACAUUGAAACGUUCGUUUAUAGACUUGUAAGCUGCCCUAAAUGUAUAAAGAGACAGAGGGAGCAAUACUUGGGGUGCUGUUGUAUUGUUGUAUUGCUCCAAUCAGUUGAUGAUUUUAUGUGCCGAAUUGGAGAGACGAUUGUGAAUGAAUCCGCCCUGAAAAU